CCCUGCCCAGGUGAGGAGUGGUGGCGCGUUGCGCGGCGCAAAGGGCACAACGCGGAGUCGUACUCGGGGCCAGCGGGAGGGCCUGAGCGGAGAGUGCAGAGAUCCGUGGCCACCCCCACAGUGUCUCCUCGCCUUCAGAACGGGUGUUCUCGAUGCCCCUGCCCAGGAAGGCCACCCUCAGUACUCCUGGCACUCCAGUCCUUGAAGACUUUGCCCAGAAUGAUGAUGAAAAGGAGCGGCUGCAGCGGAGGCGUUCCAGGGUCUUUGACCUACAGCUCAGCACAGACUCACCUCACUUUCUAGCCUCCCCCUCCAGCAGGAAUACUGAUGUUUCAGCCACAAUUCCUAAGUUUACAAACACACAGAUUACAGAGCAUUACUCCACCUGUAUCAAACUAUCCACUGAAAAUAAAAUCACUACCAAGAAUGCUUUUGGCUUGCACUUGAUUGAUUUUAUGUCAGAGAUUCUUAAACAGAAAGACACUGAACUGACCAACUUUAAAGUGGCUGCUGGCACUCUGGAUGCCAGCACCAAGAUCUAUGCUGUGCGUGUAGAUGCCGUCCAUGCUGAUGUAUACAAAGUCCUUGGGGGACUGGGCAAAGAUGUACCAUCUCCAGAAGAAACAGAGAACCAUGGUGCAGAUGAAAGUGCUGCUGAAGCAGGAACAACCAAAAAGGCUGCAAAACCAAAGAAGAAGCACUCAUACAAAACCAUUGAGCAGAACAUAAACAACCUCAACGUCUCCGAAGCAGAUCGCAAGUGCAAGGUUGAUCCCAUGUUUCAGAAGACUGCAGCCUCGUUUGAUGAGUGCAGCCCAUCCGGCGUUUUUCUGUCCACCCUAAACAGCUGUGACUAUAGAAGUGAGCUGCUCUUUCCUGCUGACCUCCAAACUCUCUCCACUGAAGAACCUCUUGACUUGCCAGAUUUAGGUUGGGUAGAAAUGACAGAUUUAAAAACAUCCUUGCAGCAGUGUGUGGAAGAUUGCCAGAUCUGCCCAUCCCUGGCUGGGUUCCAGUUCACCAAAUGGGACAGGGAAACACAUAAUGAGUCUGUGUCAGCCCUGGUGGACAAGUUUAAGAAGAAUGAUCAGGUAUUUGACAUCAACGCUGAGGUAGAGGACAGUGACAGUGGGGACUUCCUUGAUGGACCCCUGGAGGACGACUUUGAUGCCAGUGAGGAACCGGACCGUACCACAGCUGGGGAUCACGCAGAGUUCAGGAGCCAGAACCAGCCGUGCCACGUCCACAGCUGCCAGGAAGAAAUGAUUCCUCUCGGAGACAUUAGGACUAUGUGUCCCCUUCUAUCCAUGAAACCUGGAGAAUAUUCCUAUUUUAGUCCCCGUACCAUGUCAAUGUGGGCUGGCCCGGAUCACUGGCGCUUUAGACCCCAACACAAACAAGAUGCUUCCUCACAAUCAGGGAACAAAAGGAGGACCACAAAGAAAGAUUUUGAAAUUGACUUUGAUGAUGAUAUUGACUUUCAUGUAUAUUUUCAAAAAACAAAGGCUGCCACUGUUCUGACCAAGUCUACUUUGGAGAGCCAGCAUUGGAAAGCCACCACCCUUCCUACGGAUUUCCACUAUGAGACUGAUAACCUUGUCCAGCUGCAUCUCAAACCAGGCACCAGGUUACUUAAGAUGGCCCAAGGCCAGGGGGCAGGCACUGAGCAUUAUGAAGAAAUUGAAGACUAUGAUUACAAUAACCCUAACGACACCGCCAACUUUUGUCCAAGAUUACAGGCAGCUGACAGUGAUUAUGAAGAGUCAGAUGACUUAUUUGUGGGACCAGUUGGGACUUUUGACCUUUCAGCUUAUCCUUGUCAUCCACCUAAGACAACACAAGACAGUGAUGAUGUGCCUGAAGUCCAAGGAUUAGACAUCACCACUUAUGGGGAGUCAAAUCUAGUAGCUGAGCCUCAGAAGGUAAAUAAAAUUGAAAUUCAUUAUGCCAAGACUGCUAAAAAGAUGGACAUGAAGAAGUUGAAGCAGAGCAUGUGGCGUCUGCUGACAGAGUUCUCCAAGCAAGCACACACAGAGGCAAACCACAGUGAAAUUGAAAGAGAAGGGGAUCUGGCAGAGGUGGCUGACAAGAAGAUGCUUAGUGGGCUCACAAAGGACCUGCAGAAGAGCCUGCCUCCCAUCAUGGCUCAGAACCUCUCUAUACCUCUGGCCUUUGCCUGUCUCCUACAUUUAGCCAAUGAAAAGAACCUGAAGCUGGAAGGAACUGAGGAUCUUUCUGAUGUCCUUGUGAGGCAGGAGGAUUGAGUCGGUGGGGGAGAAGUCGGAGCAGGGGCCCCAUCACUUCUCAAUGACCGGACAUCUUCAUCUGGGUUUCACUCUGGGCUGCAGCCAACUACUGAAGUGCCUGUUAGUCUGUUGCUCUUCCCUUCUGUCCCUCACAGCCAGGGACCAGCACCUUGAAGCUCUGUCCUUUGUUAAAGUUUUUACCCUGUGUGACCACCUGGGGGGUGGGGGAGGUGGUGGAGGAUAGUGUUCUUGAUUAUGAGAACCUGUUUCCAUUCUUUAUAUCCAUGUAUAGUUUUCAUCUUCUAAGUUGAUCUGUAUCAUUUUCCACACUUUACUUUUGUAGAAAAUAAUUUCCCAUAGGUGCUGGUCCUUAAACUGCUACCUAACUCAUGUACAUAAAGUACAUCAUAUGGGCACUUAAAAAUGUAUAUAUAAUGCUUAAAAUAAAGUCAUUCUGGAUAAUA